GUGGGCGGCGCUGUGAUGGAGAGGGUGAGCGAGAACCGGAGGCUGGCGGCGGUGGGGAAGCCCGUGCCGGGGAUCGGAGAGAUGGGGAACCGGAGGCCGCUCAGGGACAUCAACAACCUCGUCGGGGCACCGCCGUACCCCUCAGCGAUCGCCAAGAAACCAUUGCUAGAGAAGAGUGGGAAGGAGGUGCAGAAGCCGGCAUUGGCGGCGAACCGCCGGCCCAUCACGAGGAAUUUCACAGCCUCCUUGACGCGAAAACAGCAGCUUGACCAUCAGGUCGCCGUGACUGAUACAGCGGUGGCCUGCGUUGAUCCCGAGAAGAAGCCCAUCCCCGAUGGCACAGUUGAUGACGACGUGGAAUCGUGCCAAUCGAUCGACGACAUUGCCGUGGAUGAGGAAGAGUCAGAGUGCAAGGAUAUUGAUGAUGAGGAUGAAUCCAUGAUGGAUAUUGACAGUGCCGACUCAGGGAAUCCACUUGCAGCAACCGAGUACGUCGAAGAGAUGUACAAGUUCUAUAGAGAAAAUGAGGAAACAAGUUGUGUGCAGCCUGAUUACAUGUCCAGUCAAGAAGACAUUAAUGAAAAGAUGAGAGCAAUUCUGAUUGAUUGGCUCAUUGAGGUCCAUUACAAGUUUGAGCUGAUGGAUGAGACACUCUUUCUUACUGUGAACAUAAUAGACAGAUUCUUGGAAAAACAAGUUGUGCCAAGGAAGAAGUUGCAGCUAGUUGGAGUGACGGCUAUGCUCCUUGCUUGCAAAUACGAGGAAGUCUCAGUCCCUGUUGUUGAGGAUCUAGUGCUAAUUUCUGACCGGGCUUAUACAAAAGGACAAAUUCUGGAAAUGGAAAAGUUGAUCCUAAACACACUCCAGUUCAACAUGUCUGUACCAACACCUUACGUUUUUAUGAGAAGAUUUCUGAAGGCAGCUCAAUCUGACAAGCAGCUAGAGCUCCUUUCCUUUUUCAUUCUGGAGCUCUGCCUGGUGGAAUACCAAAUGCUCAAGUACCGACCUUCGCUUCUUGCUGCUGCUGCAGUUUACACAGCACAAUGUGCUCUCAUUCGUUGCCAGCAGUGGACAAAGACCUGCGAGCUACAUAGCAGAUACACCGGAGACCAGCUUUUUGAAUGCUCCAGGAUGAUGGUAGAUUUCCACCAUAAAGCCGGGGCUGGCAAGCUCACCGGCGUGCACAGGAAAUACAGUACGUUCAAGUUUGGGUGUGCAGCCAAAACGGAGCCCGCUCUCUUCUUGCUCGAGUCAGGAGGAGGAGGAGGUUACAAACGUUCAGGAGCAACCUAGUUGAAUGAAUCUAUUCCACUGGAUAGAUUUUUAACAUGGCGUGAGAACUACAGCAUAUGCAUGCUUGAUGUUGCACAAAAGUGCAGCACAUUUACCUUACUACAGCUCUUUUGUGGUAAUGUAGACUUGGUAUGUUUAUGUUGUGAAUGAUGGAUAAUCUGGGUAGUCAGUCCUUCAGUUAUAAUGGGGGGCUAAUAAAUGAUUCCAAUAUAAGCUGAAUCUUGUAAAAAGAUGAGAUGUGUUCUUGCCUAGCAUGAAUGAAGAAAAUAACUUGCAUGUUCAGAAUUUCA